AUGGCAGCUCCAUUCCCACCCCUUCCUCUCCCGCAAGGAAUCACCGAAUCCUACCUCCCCUCCCACGACCUAACCUACCAUGUGCUCAGCGCCGGCCAACCCACCAAACCCCUCGUCCUCUGCCUCCAUGGCUUCCCUGAAUUGGCCUAUUCAUGGCGCAAGAUCAUGCCAGCGAUAGCGAACGAAGGCUACCACGUCGUAGGUUACGACCAGCGAGGAUAUGGUCGAACGACUGGCUGGGACAACCGCGAAUUCUCCUCCGUCGACCUGAACACAUUUGGAUUCACACGCCUCGUACGAGAUGCUGUGAUAUUCCUCAAUGCCCUGGGAUAUAAAGAGGUAGCUUGCGUAAUUGGUCACGAUUUCGGCGCUGUGGGAGCUUCGAUGUGUGCGUUGAUGCGACCAGAUAUAUUCAAAUCUGUCAUAACCAUGUCCCAUCCUUUCAAAGGCUCGCCGACUCUCCCCUUCAAUACCGUACCCAACCCUCCCAAACCAGAGGCAAAAGAAGACGUCCAUAAAGCAUUGGCAGAGCUACCCCAACCGCGAAAACAUUACAAAUGGUACUAUUCCACCAAACCUGCAGCAGAAGAGAUGGAUAACCCUAAAGAAGGGUUGCAUGAAUUCCUGCGGGGUUAUUUCCAUCUCAAGAGCGCGGACUGGAAAGGCAACGAUCCAAAGCCUUUGAAGGCUUGGGAAGCAAACGAGUUAGCAAAACUGCCAUACUACUACGUGAUGCCUCUCGAUGCCGGCAUGAGGAAAUCUAUACAAAUCCCCAUGGCGGAUGAGGAUCCAUCCUCAGUCUCCAAAGCAAGUUCUCGCUGGCUUCCAGAUGACGAAUUGGCCAUCUACGUCCAAGAAUGGGGUCGCAAUGGUUUCCAAGGUGGGCUGAACUGGUAUCGCAUCGCUACAGACACAGAGAACAUGAAAGAUGUCGAAUUAUUCGCAGGCAAGAAGAUUGAUGUUCCAGCGCUUUUCAUCUCAGGCAAACAAGACUGGGGAACAUACCAAGAGCCUGGUGCUGUUGAAAAAUUAAGUGAGGUGUGUAGUCAAUCUCGAGGUGUCGAGUUAGUGGAUGGUGCUGGACAUUGGGUUCAGCAAGAACAGCCUGAGAAGGUAAUUGAACUUGUGACGAAAUUCCUAAAAGAUGUCAAGGUCGAUUCUAUUUCUCAAUAA